AUGUCCCGUCUUGGAACUUUUGUAACCAAUAUCGUAAAGACAGCUCUUUAUACGAUUCAGCCCAAUAAAGUUGAAGAAUACCCUUAUGAACAAUAUGCAGCCGAUUUUUACUUAUUUGAAAGAGUACAUGAGCUCUUUCAUUCCUUCAUAUUCUAUAAAAUAGCAAAUUAUUAUGAUAUGAUCUACAUUCCACCUGCACCAUCACUUGAUACUCCUUCAAAGGAACGCAGGGUCUUCAGCCUUUUCCGUUUUCAAGGCGAUAUCAAUGAGGGACUGGUCCUAUUUGUUAGAUUCGCUGAAAUAUUUCACGAAUUGACAAAGAUCUGCGCUGUUCAUGAAGUGAAAAUUGACAAAGCCUGGUUAGAGAAGGUUACUUCAAUGUGCAGACGUAAACCAAAAUGGACUCUCGCGCAUUUUGCUGCUGCAUUAAACUUUGCUGAAGCUUUUCAGCAUCGUAAAAUCUCAGUCCACUUGAAUGAAGCAGAUGACGACACUGGAGAAACACCGCUUCAAGUGGCCGUGAAGACAGAAAGCACGAAAGCCGUUCAGGCACUACUCAGUCUACCAGAAAUUAAACUCGAUGUCUCUGAUCACGCUGGAAACACUGUUCUCCACACAGCAGUGGGUCUUAGCUCGCUGGAACUACUCCAGCUCCUACUUGAAAUCAACCCGCCUCCGGAGAAGGAGAGCGCAUCACCGACCACCUCCACAAUCCCAUUUUGCCGACGAAUGGGCUUCAAAAACUCCGAUCGUCUCGACAUUAAUGCAAUGAAUGCAGCGGGUGAGACGUGUCUCUACUUGGCUAUUCACAACACUGUUGUCUCCGAGGCCAUCGUCCUGUUGUUGCUUCAAGCUGGCGCUAAUCCGAAGAUUGGCACAACUGACUCCAAGCCAAUUCAUUUGGCUGUGAAGAAAAAUCUCAUUCAGUGA